AUGUAUACGACACCAACAGGGCCAUACGAAGUCUACUUAGAGCUGCAACCCGAAACAAGAAUUAAAGGCGAUGAAGUAUACGAAAACGUCGUUGAGGACGAGUCUGCGACUGAUGUAGUAGUACAAAGAGUUAAUAUGGGAAACACCAAUCAAGAUGGCAGCAACAGAGGACAAGCGCCACCAAGGACGUUGAAUGCUUCGAGAAAAGAUGUCCAGAAAAUCCAACGAAUGCAGCUCUUGAUGGUUGUUACUGUGGUCAUAACUUUCCUGACGGCGGUAGUCACUUUGGUUUUCGUAAUCACGAUAAAGUGGCCUCGAAACACUCCAGCUGCUUCGAAACAAGGAGCACAAGAAGGAACUAUACAAGGUAGGCUGGGAAGCGAGUCUUAUACCUAAAUAUAUGACCAGAGGAUACGUGAGAUAUAGUUCGCGGUAAUUUGCAAGCAUGGAAAUGCGAGACUUUUGAGGGAGAAAUUAAAUUUAACCGUGAGACAGACCGGAUAAAAAUUUUCAGAGACUGGCGUUUUUGUAGGUACAAUUCGUCGCCACAAGUUGGUGACCAUGCAACCUAACCCCUCUUCAAAUCUAGAAUAUGCAGUAACUACUGCAAAUAUGAUUGCCUUUGUCUCCAUUAACGUUUGGAACACUUUUUGAAAUAAUAACGUAAAACUAUGCGGAAAUGAUCCCGGAUAAUUAAUGUAAUUUUUUUAUUAACACCUAGAAAGAAUGCAUGUUUAGUACUUAAUUCUUGGCACUGUCAUUAAAUCUUUCCUCUAGUAGGAUCAUAUAUCUCGUGACACUUAAUGUAGAAGAAAUAACUCCAUAUUCAAUCUUUAACUUUUUGCAGGGGUAUAAUAGAGAGGCAUUUGUCUUGAUAAUUUAUUAUUGUUUUUUUAUUUUUAUUUUGCAAGUCUAAUUUUUGUCAAGCUAUAUUGUUCAACAAUGUUACAGUUAUGAUUCAAAACUCUUAGGAUGAUACUAUUCUUAGUAUAGGUUAUGUUGUCAAAUUCUUGAGCAUGUAAGAAUAGUAUGGACAGCAAGCUACGUGAUAAAUUUUGUCUUUUGUUGAUUUAAACAGGCCUUAAAAUUGCAACGGUUUGGUUUUGA